UAAAUGUCAACCCGUUGCAAAGAGGGUUGCAUAAAUGCUCGCUGUGUGGCGCCCAAUUUGUGUGAAUGCACUAGAGGCUUUGCCAAGGUGACGCCAGGGCGAUGUGAACCCAUAUGCCACACGAUAUGUGUGAAUGGCAAAUGUGUGGCCCCAGAGACUUGUAAAUGUAAUGAGGGCUAUGAAAAGUCUGGGGAAGAGGAGGAAUGUCGGCCCGUCUGCUCGGCAGGUUGUCCAAAUGGCAAGUGUGUGGCCCCAGAGACUUGUGAAUGUAGUCGAGGUUAUAUUAUGACGACGGAUGGUAAAUGUGAACCCCUUUGUGAGAGGGGUUGUGCCAAUGGCAAAUGUGUGGCCCCUGGUGUUUGUGAAUGCAAUACAGGUUACCGUUUAAAUGCCGAAAAGGCAUGCGAACCCGUUUGCUUGGCGGAAUGUAAAAAUGCCCGCUGUGUGGCGCCCAAUCAAUGUGAGUGCCAUACGGGUUAUGAUCGUUCAUCAUCUUUACCCAAUGAAUGUCAACCUAUUUGUAAAUCGGGAUGUCCAAAUGGCCGUUGUGCUGCACCGGGCCAGUGUGAAUGUGAUAAAGGCUAUCGCAAGGUGGGAGAGGAAUUAUGUGAGCCGAUUUGCGAUAACAAUUGUCCCCAUGGUAAAUGUGUGGCCCCAAAUCGCUGUGAAUGCCAUGAAGGUUAUGAGAAUAAAUCACCUGCCGACUGCGCACCCAUUUGUUCCUCUGGAUGUCCCCAUGGCUUAUGUGUGGCUCCUGAAAAAUGCCAGUGCUUGGAAGGUUAUGAAAUCCUAAAUGGCAUCUGUACACCCCAGUGUCCGGGGGGUUGUGAAAAUGGCAACUGCAUACAACCCAAUGUCUGUGAGUGCCUGGAGGGUUAUUCCCAAGAAAAUCCAAAUAAAUGCCAGCCCAUUUGUUCCCGGGGAUGUGAAAAUGGCCGCUGUGUGGCUCCAGAGAAGUGUGCAUGUCUGGAGGGAUACUCGGCCCUGACACCGCAACAAUGCAUCCCCAUAUGCCCAUCCAAUUGUCCCCAUGGCUCUUGUGUGGCUCCUGGAAAAUGUCAAUGUAAUGAUGGCUAUCAUCAAGUCGAUAACGAAACGUGUGAACCCACCUGCGCCGGAGGCUGUCCUCAUGGCAAAUGUGUGGCCCCCUGGAAAUGUGAAUGUUUGCAGGGCUAUGCCAUGGAGGAGGGAGAAUGCAGGCCCCAGUGCUCACCAGCUUGCCAGAAUGGUGUUUGUUUGCAACCAAAUACCUGCUCUUGCCUCGAGGGUCAUACUCCCAUCUCUGGGCAUGAAUGUACAUCCAUUUGUAAUUCCAACUGUCCGAAUGGCAUGUGUGUUGCCCCAGGGAAAUGUCAAUGCAAUGAGGGCUAUCAAUCCGCAUCGGAUGAGGAAUGUCAGCCGAUUUGUGACAACAAUUGCCCGCAUGGUCGUUGUGUUGCUCCAAAUAUCUGCGAAUGCGACCAGGGCUAUAGAAAUGCAAAUAAUCUCACGUGUGAACCGAUUUCUGACAUGCCAUGUUCCCAUGGCACCUGUGUGGCUCCCGGAAAAUGUGAAUGCUUGGAGGGAUAUCAAAUGGUGGCACCCAACAUUUGUGAGCCAGUUUGUGCGGAGGGUUGUCUAAAUGGUUUGUGUGUGGCGCCCAAUGACUGUCAAUGCCUUGUGGGUUACACCAAAGCCACAAAUGGCAGCUGUGAACCCCACUGUGAGUCGGGUUGCAUCAAUGCUGCCUGUAUUGCUCCCGAAGUCUGUUCCUGCCUUGAAGGUUAUGGCAUGAUUUCACCCAAUCGCUGUGAACCGGUUUGCCGAGGCGGGUGUCAAAAUGGCAAUUGUGUGGCCCCGAAUGUUUGUGAAUGUUUUGCCGGCUAUGCCAAGGAUACUCCCCAUAUCUGUCUGCCCAUUUGUGAGACAGGCUGUCCUUUUGGCCGUUGUAUUGCCCCCGACACCUGCCAGUGUGAUGAGGGCUAUAAAAUGAACCUGGAGAAUAUUUGUGAACCCAUCUGUGCAGAUGGUUGUAAAAAUGGACAAUGUGUGGCGCCCAAUACCUGUGACUGCCUGGAAGGUUAUAAAAUGCUCAAUGCCAAGGAAUGUGAGCCUAUUUGUGAAACGCCAUGCCUGAAUGGGGAGUGUGUUGCUCCUGGAGUCUGCGAAUGCCUGAAGGGAUAUCAAAUGUCGGAGGAUCACAAAUGUGAGCCCAUUUGUGAACCUCUGUGUUCAAAUUCCAAAUGUGUGGCGCCCAAUAGCUGUGAAUGUUUUGAGGGUUAUGGAAAAUCUUCGGCAACUCAUUGUGAACCGAUUUGCCAGCCCGAUUGUCGAAAUGGCCAGUGUACGGCUCCUGGCAUUUGUGAGUGUCUGCCAGGCUAUCAAAUGUCCCAGGAGCAGCAAUGUGAGCCGGUGUGUGAACCUCCUUGUGGUAACUCCAUAUGCAUUGCACCCUAUACCUGUGAGUGUUUUGCGGGUUACGCACGAUCCAGUAUUGGACCUCAGCACUGUGAGCCAGUGUGUGAGUUGGGAUGUUCCAAUGGCGAUUGCAUUGCCCCAGGUGUGUGUCAAUGUCACCGGGGUUACGAGUUAAACCAAAUGUCCGUGUGUGAGCCGAUAUGCCAAGGAAAUUGUCCAUUUGGCCGCUGUGUGGCUCCCGAUAACUGUGAAUGUCAGGAGGGCUAUUCCAAUCGAAAUGCAACCCUGUGUGAGCCAAUCUGUCAGCCCGAUUGUGAAAAUGGCAAAUGCAUACGACCAAAUGUCUGUGAGUGUUUUGAGGGCUAUGAACUGCAAAGUGGUUACAAAUGCCAGCCCUUAUGUCCCGAGGGUUGUGAAAAUGGUGAGUGCACUCAGCCAAAUGUCUGUGAAUGCCGCGAGGGUUAUGGCCUGACAGAGGGCAAUAAAUGUGAACCCAUUUGUUUGCUGGGUUGUGCCAAUGGCAUAUGUGUGGCUCCCGAAAAAUGUGAAUGCCUUGAGGGCUAUGCCAUGAAUUCCAGUAACAUUUGUGAGCCAGUGUGCGAGUCCGGUUGUCCGAAUGGCAUUUGUGUGGCUCCAGGCCAAUGUCUGUGCCAGGAGGGUUAUGAAAUGCCCACGGUAGGCGGGGAGUGUCAGCCAAUUUGCCAGGAAACUUGUGUGCAUGGCAUUUGUGUGGCGCCCAAUGCGUGUGAAUGUGAACAAGGCUAUGGGAAAUUAACAGAUCACGAAUGUACGGCCAUAUGUGAACCUCCUUGUGAAAAUGGUGUGUGCGUGGCGCCCAAUGUAUGUGAAUGCCAUGAAGGUUUCAAAUUGAAUGCCACCAAACAAUGUGAACCCAUUUGUGAGGGAGGAUGUGAAAAUGGUGAGUGCGUGGCGCCCAAUGUAUGUGAAUGCCAUGAAGGUUACAAAUUGAAUGCCACCAAACAAUGUGAACCCAUUUGUGAGGGAGGAUGUGAAAAUGGUGAGUGCGUGGCGCCCAAUGUAUGUGAAUGCAAGGAGGGAUUUACUCAGGACUAUUUUUACAUAUGUAUGCCCACGUGUGAACCCCCUUGUCGCAAUGGCGAAUGUGUUACCCCAAAUGUCUGUGAAUGUCAUGAAGGUUAUGUGCUUAGCCCCUUGCAGCUAUGUGAACCCCAUUGUCCCAGUGGCUGUCCAAAUGGUCACUGUAAAGCGCCAGGAGAAUGUGAAUGUUCCGAAGGCUAUAAAAUGAACUCCACGCAACAAUGUGAACCCCAUUGUGAGAAUAAAUGUAUAAAUUCCUCCUGCAUAGCACCCAAUGUUUGUGAAUGUCAUCCAGGGUAUUCAAAAGUAUCAUCCGACACCUGUGAACCCCUUUGUGAAAAGGGUUGCGUGAAUGCUCUAUGUACAGCUCCCGGGAUUUGUGAAUGUUUGGAGGGUUAUGGUCGCAAUGAAGAUGACUCCGAUGCUGGUGAUAAUGAAUGCAAACCUCAAUGUGCUCCGGCAUGUGAACAUGGCAUCUGUGUGGCGCCCAAUCAGUGUGAAUGUAAGGAUGGAUAUCAGAAAUCUGAAGCCGAAAAAUGUGAACCUCUUUGUGCCAAUGAAUGUUUCAAUGGAAAGUGUAUAGCUCCCAAUACCUGUAGCUGCAAUGAGGGUUAUGAAAUAAAUGAAUCCAACGAAUGUCAACCUCUAAAGACAAUAACAAACUCUUCGCCGGAAGAUCGAGGACCCAAUGAGCUAUGUAACCCCCUAAUAUGUAUCCAUGGUUAUUGUGAAAAUGAUAUCUGUACCUGUCCGGAAGACAUGAUUCUAAUGGCCACUGAUAAACUAACCGCCUGUCUGCUGCGUUGUGAUGAGGAUUACCAAUGCGGUUAUGGUUAUUGUCGGGCGAAUGGUACCUGUGCCUGUGGUGAAGGAUUCGAAUUUUCUCUUGCCGAUAUGCGUUGUGAACCUCGUGCCUUGCUGGCCGGCAGUGGUGGGGCAUUUGCAUCAAGACCCUGGCUGAAAUGGUUUUUCAUUCUGGCCAUAUUGGCCUGUGUGGUGGCCUUUAACAUCCUGAUUAUCAUGUGCAUUUAUGCGCGAAGGAAAAUAUCCUACAAUGUGGACUAUAAAGAAAAUCAAUUGGGUCUAGUAAAAUUAUCAGCACAAAUGGCGGAUGUAAUACGAGCACCCGAGACAGCAGAAGUUUAAUGCAAUUUUAAUAUUCUCAAAUAAUAUUUUAUAGUAACUUUAAGUUUUAUGUAAAUAAAUUACAAUUUAGUAUUACAAAAUACAUCAAAUAAGUAAAAAUAUAGGCUUUUUAAAU